UUUCUUUUGUAGUUACUAUUCAACAGGUUGAUGCAUUGAAAACGGUGUCAAAAAUUAGCCCAAAAUUUUGCAAAGACACGAAAGGAAUGACUUGCAUUUUACCAGCAAUAUGCACAGAUUUCUGUCAUGGUUCACACAACUGUCUUGAAUGCAAAGUGGAUGAAGGUCAGAUAAUCGUAUCAGGACAAACUCUAGCAAUACAACCCGCUGCCAACUGCUCCGAUUCAAAAAUGAAUUGUUUCCAUGACACACGUCUGCAUAGGGGAAUAUUGAGUUGGAAGAAAGACAGGAUAUUGGAUACGUGUAGCAAACCCAUACGUAUAGAACAGGGGCAUUAUCAAGUGUACAGUAGUAGAGGUAACAAAAUAACUUUUUCAGAAGACACUAUAUGUGAAGGAAUUCAAGAGUGUCCCGACAAAGCGUACAAUUCUAGUGAACUUGAAAUGAAUUAUACACUUUUUGUGAAGGGAAUUCCAGUCUGGAAAAGGGACUGUAAGAGUCCGGUCAACAACUGUGGAAGAAAUCUUGGUCAUGCAUCAAAGGACACACAACUCUUCUUUUUAGUCUUUUCCUUUUUUAAGUUUAUAUUUUAAUAAAAAUCAACUAUCCUUCU